UGCAAUCCGAACCAGCCAACCAAGCAUACCGCUCAGUCCUCCCCACAAAGCUUCCCCGCCUGGCCACUUUCCCCACCGGCUGGAAGGACGGCUACACGCCGCUGUCAGUCGACCCGACCGACCGGCCACCAUGGAGCUCAUCUGCCGGCUGCAGUUGCUGAGCAGGAAGUGUCCCCUUCCGCGAUAGACGUCCUGCGCCAUGGAGCUCAGAUAACCUCUUCCUCUUUUCUGCACCAAUCUCGGCCCAGCCUGGAGCUUUCGCACUUUAAACCAUGGGAACGUGGCGUGGCCUACGUGUGGCGUUCAUCCUGGGCUCUCUGUUCAUGAUCCUUCUCAUCAUCACCUACUGGGACGACGUCGGCGGCUUCAACCUCUACCCUCUGCGGGACCGCAAACACGAGCAUUGCCCUCAGAGCACCACGGGGCGCCCGCUCCCGGCCCCCACGCUCCCGGCAUACUCUGUUAGAAUAUCCAGUACGACGUGGCCUCCGGCGGGGAUGAACAAAAGCGCGGAGGAGGGAAGAGAGCGGCCACAGCUGGAAAGAGAGGAUGAGGAAGGGGACGAGAGUCGGGAUUCGGUUGGAAGCCGAGAGCAGAUGGCGAGGAAGCAGAGGAUCAUGGAUGUAUGUUCGGGGAACGAUUUUCCCGGAAGGUCUCGUGCAUUUGAGCAGAUCCCAAACAGGGAAUUGGACCAUCUGAUAGUGGAUGACACGCAUCAGAUCAUCUACUGCUACGUGCCCAAGGUGGCGUGCACCAACUGGAAAAGGGUGAUGGUGGUCCUGUCCCAGUCUCUGGUCUCGCCCGUCUCAGGAAAGCCUUACACUGACCCGGAGUCGGUUCCCCCGGACCUCGUACACAAUUCCACGCUGCAUCUCACUUUUGCCAAGUUUUGGCGCCAUUACGGCUCUCUGUCCCGCCACCUGAUGGCGCUCAAGCUCCAGCACUACACCAAGUUCCUGUUUGUACGCGACCCCUUUGUCCGCCUCAUCUCGGCCUUCAGAAACAAAUUUGGAAGGCCCAACGAGGACUUCUACCGCCAGUUUGGCUCGGUCAUCCUGCGUCGCUACGGCAACCUCUCGGGCAGUUUGCCGGAAACGGCCGCUGAGGCCUUUGCGGCCGGGAUCAAACCCACCUUCCAGCAGUUCGUCUCGUACCUGCUGGAUGCCGAGACGGAGAAGGAGAGCAUCUUCAAUGAGCACUGGCGCCAGGUUUACCGUCUCUGCCAUCCGUGCCAGGUGAAGUACGACUUCAUCGGGCGACUGGAAACGCUGGAGACUGAUGCCGAGCAUCUUCUCAAGCUUUUGCAAGUGGAUCAUCUGCUGCGGUUCCCUUCGGGGGCGAGAAACCGAACGGCAGCCAGCUGGGAAAGGGACUGGUUUGCCCAAAUUCCUGUUUCAAUGAGGACAGAACUGUACAAGCUUUACCAACCAGACUUUGAGCUGUUUGGCUACCCCAAACCAGACGGCGUGCUACACCACCAGUAGGCCGCUUCUCAUCCACCACCCCCCAAAAAAGCUUUUCAAGACCUUGUCUGCAAUGCUGUUUGUUUGAGCAAAUACCUCAUGAGACAACAAGUGCCUACCAGUCUUCCAUCCGUAUUUUUGUAUAUUUGUCUCACUUGGGAAUGGAUGCAGCUAAAUCACUUAAAAGCUACUCUGUGACACUUCAUUUGCCCAUGUUAAAGCACUUUGAUGGGUUUCUUGAUAAAUUAUAGGUAGAGAAAGAUAUGAGACAUAUUUUGCAGGGUAAUAAAAAAAAAUGCGAUUGCAACUA